CCGUUGGAUUCUAGGUAGGCAAUGUUGAACUUUGACCUUGCCUGAUGCAAGCGUGGGGAAAUUACUGAAAUCGUUCGCACAACGUGAUUGAUUUAAGUUCAUCAAAACUCAGACAUUUUUUAGCCGAAACUAGACCAAGAAGACUGCAAAUUGUUUAACAGAAAUCGAGGACAGGCACAUUCUGCACAAAAAGUUAAGAAACAAAGGCUGACUUUGGUCUGGUGAACUCUAUACAAAGAACAACCUAAACUAGGCAGAACAACAAGUCAGCGAUGACGGAGAAUGGAUCAGAGGCACCAACUGCCCUCGAGAAGCAGAUUAUUAGACAGAUCGAGUAUUACUUUGGAGAUGCCAACCUAAAGAGAGACAGAUUCCUUCAAGAACAAGUCAAGGAGGACGAGGGAUGGGUACCACUGGAGAUAAUGAUCAAGUUUAACAGACUGAAGGCUAUGACUGAAGACUACAACAUCAUCACAACAGCUCUUGAAAAGUCAACAAAUAAUCUCAUCGAGGUGAAUGAAGACCGGGAUAAGAUUCGUCGUUAUCAGAGUAAGCCACUACCCCAAGACACAACAGAGUACCGCAAAGCCUUGAAGGAAAGGAGCAUUUAUUGUAAAGGAUUCCCACUGGAUGAGGAACUCGGGAAGAUCCAAGACUUUCUUGACAGGUUUGGCGAGACAGAACACAUCUAUAUGAGGAGGGAUAUCGAAAAGAAAUUCAAGGGAUCGGUCUUCGCAACAUACGCAGACGUUGAAAUGGCCAAGAAGUUCAUGAAGGAGGACGGAUUGAAAUACGGAGAAAAUGAGGUCGUCAAAAUGUUCAAAGAGGAAUACUUCUUGAAGAAGGUAGAAGAAAGAAAGCAAAAGAGGGAAGAGGACAAACAAAAGAAACUGGAAGAAAAAGACAGAAAAGAGAAAGAGGCCAUUGAAGCCACAAAGGCUGAUUUUGGGGAAUAUGACAAAGGCUGUAUUGUUCACUUCAGCGGAGCUGAUGAUCAGACGUCAAGAGAAGAUUUGAAAGAGUUCUUUGCAGACUACGGAACGGUCAGCUGGAUCGACUUUACCAGAGGUCAAACAAAGGGUCACAUUCGCUUUGACAAAGAAACCCCUGCGGCCGGUGUGCUGGAGAAGGCGUUGGCAGCGAAUGAGAAUAAAAUAACCGUGAGGGGAUGUGAUCUGGAGACCUGUGUACUGGAGGGUGAUGAAGAAGCUGAGCAUUGGAAUACGAUCCAUGAAAACAUGUCCAUGGUUCGAAUCAAGAAACAGCAAGGUCGCAAGGGUAAAUCCGGCAGAGGAAGGAACCAGCGAGGAGGUAGAGGUGGGUACGGGGGCGGAAGCAGAGAUAGGGUUCAGUACCAAGGAACCAAGAAGGUGUUUAAGGAAGACAGUGAUGGUGAGGAUGAAGGAGUGGCUGAAGACAUGGCUGUUACUAAAGAAGAGACUACAGGACGAAAGCGAUCUCUGGAGGAUGAUGAACAAAAGACAGAAGAAACACCAGCCAAACAAAUCAAAACAACAGAAGCUGAAGCACCUGCCCCACAAACUAGCUGAAACAUCUUACCCAACACUUCAAGACUGCGGAGACAGGAUAAAAACAAACCCGUGCCUGAUAAGCGAACAGACAGCGGGUACCAACCUCAUCUCUUGCAGAAGCAGUGGCACCAAUGGACACUAACCCUCAGAAAUAUGAUGAACUGCUUCUCGGAUUCAAAUAUUUUUGGGGGAAAUUUAUCCAAACCAAAUCACUUUAAGGGAAUUUUUUUCUCAAAAUAGUUUCUACUACACUAAGGUGGGAAUUGGGGGCCCAAAGCGCUAACACUGACGGUUCGUCGUCAGUGUUUUAAUUUCUAGUUGCUUGCUUUAUUUUUGUCAAUUUAUGUUGGCUUUAAUGAAACUGGUGAAGGUGAGAGACUUCAAGAAGGAACCACAUAAGGUUGAGAUAAACUGCUUUAGUUGAUUUAACUUUGAUUGUGAUGUGACGUUUCAGAAACUUUUUAAACCUGUUUAGUUAACUCAGAUAAAUAUCAUGAUUAUGGUAUUAUUAAGAGAGGUGUUUUUAAACAGUUUAGUUUACUCAAUGUCAUACUCUUUAGUGAUAAAAGACAAGUUAAAACUGGUUAGUUAAUUUGGGUUAACAUAUUUUGUAUUAUGAUAUAAGGCAAGUUUAUCUAGGAUAGUUAACUCAAUUUUAACAUGAGAUUUAAUUUUAACCAGAUCAAGUUACUCAGUUUUAUCAUGUCUUAUGGCAAAAAGCAAGUUAUGCCAGAAUUGUUUUAUUUACACAAUAAUAGUUAGUGGCCAGACCUUUUGACCUAGCAGAGUCUUUAUCAAAGGCUUUUUUCAUUUACCUUCGGUUAAAAACCAUUUAAAAAAAAAAAACUAUUUGGUUUUUAUUAUUGAAAAAAAGUGGACUGGUAAUAUCCAAACUGAGCUAGGAAAGGUAUUUCAGGUAACAAAGCACUGUUAAUUUAUCUGGCUGGAUCUGGGGGUUUCUUGGCUGCAAAAAAAGAAGAAAAAAUAUCCAAAGAGGUCCAUACAAUCCCCCCCCCCCCCCUGAAAACUUCAAACCUAAUGUUUGAAACGGUUUGACCAGUUUAAGUUGGACCAUUUGCCGAUAAUUUUAUUUGCCAAACUCCUUCUGGACUGCACCUUGUCUUCUGAAAGUUAAAUAGAUUAAGAAGAAAAUCAUUCAAAAAAGACAAUUUCUUUGCACAUGAUUUUUAUUAAAACAGUAACGGUUACAGACAAAUGUAUACCAAUGCCCCCAAAGUGUUUUAAAUAAACUUCAGUUAUUUUGUACUAGUGAGUGUACAAGUACUUAUGUUUCAGUUUGGAAACUGAUCAUUCACUCUAGUACCUAGAUUUGCACCAAGGUUUAGGGCCUUGUUGCUUAUACUUCAUUACACGUUGGAAGAAGAAGAAAAACAAUUCAAAGAAAGCUAAAGAAAAGUUAACCUCAUCUGAAUGUCACUGAUACUUAUUUAUUCAAGAAAAAAGGAGCUUUUUCUCCUGGUGUGGGAAUUCGUUUAGAUUAGUUCUGAUAUUCCAACCAGAAAAAAAAUCAUAAUUUUAAUUUGUCUUAAAUGUAAAUAAUUAUGUGCAGUUAGCAUACUCCCCCUUUUUAUUUCUUCUUUCAUUCCAAGUGUAUAUUGGUCUUCUUCUUUUUUUAAAUAAAACAUACACUUUGACUUCUUGGGUUAUUUGAUUAAAGAAGAGAGCAACUGUCUCUACAUUGUCAUA